CCGGCAAGAUGCGCUUCUUCCUGCUGUUCGCUGUUGUCAUUGGCUUCGCCUGCGGCGCAGCGGUGCCCAAGGCGCCCAAGCAUGAGACAGUCCAGCGAUUUCCGGCCCAACGAUCCAGCCGCAACCUCCAAGAUGACCUGAACGACUUCCUGGCCCUCAUCCCCGUCGACGAAAUCGUCAACAUCGUCCUCAACUACGUCGCCAACGAUGCUGAGGUGCAGGCCGCCCUCCAGUACCUCAUGUCUGACGAGUUCGAGAGCAUCGUCGUCUACGUCGACCAGCAGCCCGAGCUGUACGAUCUGCUCAACUUCCUCGAGUCCUCAGGCCUUGACCCCUACGGCUUCCUCAACACGAUCCACGACUUCCUGGGCAUUCCUCAGAUUACGAAACCCGCCAGCCGAAUGAGGAGGAGCAGCAGGAGCCUCAAGUCCAUGCUUGAUGAGAUCCUCGCCAUCCUCCCAGUCGACGAGCUGAAGGCUCUCUACAACGAUAAGCUGGAGACCAGCGCCGACUUUGCUGAACUCAUCAACAGGCUCAGCUCGGACGAGUUCCACCAACUGGUGUUGCGCGUUUUGGAGCUGGACGCUGUGCAGGAGUUGAUCCAGAUGCUGAGGGACGCCGGUAUCGAUGUGGACGCCAUCAUGGAUUUCAUCCGCAAUCUCUUCGGCUGGUCUGACUCCGGCUCCUUGAAACUGAAGCCAUUCCAUGGUGCAAGGAUGAUCCAGCGUUUCCCAGCAAAAAAAUCCAGCCGCAACCUCCAAGAUGACCUGAACGACUUCCUGGCCCUCAUCCCCGUCGACGAAAUCGUCAACAUCGUCCUCAACUACGUCGCAAACGAUGCUGAGGUGCAGGCCGCCCUCCAGUACCUCAUGUCUGACGAGUUCGAGAGCAUCGUCGUCUACGUCGACCAGCAGCCCGAGCUGUACGAUCUGCUCAACUUCCUCGAGUCCUCAGGCCUUGACCCCUACGGCUUCCUCAACACCAUCCACGACUUCCUGGGCAUUCCUCAGAUUACGAAACCCGCCAGCCGAAUGAGGAGGAGCAGCAGGAGCCUCAAGUCCAUGCUUGAUGAGAUCCUCGCCAUCCUCCCAGUCGACGAGCUGAAGGCUCUCUACAACGAUAAGCUGGAGACCAGCGCCGACUUUGCUGAACUCAUCAACAGGCUCAGCUCGGACGAGUUCCACCAACUGGUGUUGCGCGUUUUGGAGCUGGACGCUGUGCAGGAGUUGAUCCAGAUGCUGAGGGACGCCGGUAUCGAUGUCGACGCCAUCAUGGACUUCAUCCGCAAUCUCUUCGGCUGGUCUGAUUCCGGCUCCUUGAAACUGAAGCCUAUCCGAGGUGCAAAGAUGAUCCAACGUUUCCCAGCAAAAAAAUCCAGCCGCAACCUGCAAGAUGACCUGAACGACUUCCUGGCCCUCAUCCCUGUCGACGAAAUCGUCAACAUCGUCCUCAACUAUGUCGCCAACGAUGCUGAGGUGCAGGCCGCCCUCCAGUACCUCAUGUCUGACGAGUUCGAGAGCAUCGUCGUCUACGUCGACCAGCAGCCCGAGCUGUACGAUCUGCUCAACUUCCUCGAGUCCUCAGGCCUUGACCCCUACGGCUUCCUCAACACGAUCCACGACUUCCUGGGCAUUCCUCAGAUUACGAAACCCGCCAGCAGAAUGAGGAGGAGCAGCAGGAGCCUCAAGUCCAUGCUCGAUGAGAUCCUCGCCAUCCUCCCAGUCGACGAGCUGAAGGCUCUCUACAACGAUAAGCUGGAGACCAGUGCCGACUUUGCUGAACUCAUCAACAGGCUCAGUUCCGACGAAUUCCACCAACUGGUGUUGCGCGUUCUGGAGCUGGACGCUGUGCAGGAGUUGAUCCAGAUGCUGAGGGACGCCGGUAUCGAUGUCGACGCCAUCAUGGACUUCAUCCGCAAUCUCUUCGGCUGGUCUCAGUGA